AUGACCUGCAUUUUUAAAAAUAGUGAAAAUAGAGAAAUUGCAAAAUUAAAAGAUCUCUUUGAAAUCAAGUCAAUUGAUGCAAUUUAUGGAGACGAAAUAAUAAAUAAAAAUUGCAAAAACUGCAGAAAUAGGAAAAACGGGAAAAAUAAAAGAAUUUGCCUGCAUGGCAAUUACCCCAAUUAUUUUUACGAAAGAUACAAAAAAAGAACAGUAUGUAAUAAGGUGAUAAUAAAUAGGGGAGACGCAAAAUCAUGGAAGGAGGAAGAAGAAUAUAAAAAUAAUGAACGGAUUUGCUAUAUAAUAGAGCAAACGAAUAAGAAAGAGAAAGAAAAUAUUGAUGAUUACAGAUUGACAUAUGUUAAUAAUUUAAUUAAGGAUAUAUUCAAUGGAAAAGAUAUUUUAGAUAUUGGUUGUAAUUGUGGUGUUACUACCUUUUUGUUAAGUUUAAAAUACAAGUGCAAAAGAGUAAAUGGUAUAGAUAUUGAUUAUUCCAUAAUUAAUAAGAACGUGGGUUUAUUAAAAUUAUUUAUUGAAUUUGUUUUAAUAUAUAACAGUCAAAAGCAUAUGAUACCAUUUUUUUUAAAUCAUAAAAAUCUUUUUCAAAUUCAGAAAGAUAUUUUUCUUGAUCUGUACUUUUUAUAUGAACAUAUGAAGCAAGUAGGAGAGCUAAGGAAUUAUAAAAACGAACUUAAAGAUUGGGGUGCCGUGACAGUUCAAACAAAUGAAAAAGUUGAAAGGAAGUAUGAAGUCAUAAGAACAGGAGUUGUAAAAAAUGCAGGCAAAUUAUGUGAAAAAAAUGAGGGUAAAUUAUCUGAUAAAAAUUUGGGCUUUGUUAACGAAACGAGUAAUACAGAGGAUAGAGCAAACCAAUACUAUUUCCCUUUUAAUAUAUACUUUUUGUGCUCUAACAUUUUUGACGAAAAAUUUGACAAAAUAGAAUGUAUGUACGAUAUAAUAAUUUGUUUUUCUGUUUUGAAAUGGAUACAGUUAAAUUAUGGGGAUGAUUGUUUAGUUCUCUUUUUUAAGUUAGUCCAUAAAAUGUUAAAAUCAGGAGGAUAUUUCAUAUUAGAAUAUCAUAAAGAAAUAAAAUAUAAAAUAAAAUCAAAUGAGAAGAAAUAUUAUAAACACGAAACGAAGCUAAAUUAUGAUAAUUUUGACGACCUUGUACAGGGAACAUGUCACAAUACACAUAAAAUGGUGCUUAUUGAGAAAACACAUUUUAGAGAGAAUGAGAGGAAGGGAGAUAUUCAACGGAAAAAGAAAGGAUCGGGCAUGUUUAACAGAACUAUUUGCAUUUAUCGAAAAGUGUAG